GAAAAAAACCUGAUUCCAAAGAUAUACUCGAUCGUAUAUGCACGUGUAGCACAUGCACACGUGUAUAAGUUUGAGUUGCUAGUAAUUACACGUACAAUAAAAUCCGCCGUCAUUAAACGUAAGCAGCUUUGUGACAUCAAUGAAAUGGACACUGUGGCAUAUCAUGUACACAUGAUCGCUUUACUACGAAUAACUACACACUUGGAUGCCUUUCCGUAAUAAGCACAUGACCGAAUGAAAAAAAUCCUAGAGGUCAAAGGUCAAACUAUUGAAGUUGUUUACAUGAAGUUUGUCCCGUGUGGUGUGUAUUGCCCGAAUACUUAAUGAACUAAGAAGUGGAUCAACUUAGACUCAGGAAUUAUGGCUGAUUCAGAAACACAAGUGGCAUCAGUUGCUGACGUAAAAAUCAUAACAGAUGGCCAAGAUACCACUCCAAACGGAAGUGACAGCCCAGUCAAUAAUAACUCGGAGCAGAAACAAGAUGGUGGAAACAGUUCAGCUAAUAAUAACAAAGCUGAGAAUAAGGAUGAUGAAGGGAAACAAAGAUUAAUUGAUGAUUGUCUCUCGGCGGAUACCCUUUGGACAAGUGACCCGUCUUCCCCUGUGAAACUGAGAAUGGGGAGUAAACCUCCACAGUCAGAUGAACCAGUUACAAUCGUCUCUGUGUUCGACAAGACAGCGAAAGAAACUCCCGAACGGUUUGGCUGUUGCGGUCAAGCGGGACGGAGACUGGAAGAAGUGGACCUAUCAACAAUACUAUGAUGACGUUCGGAAGGCAGCCAAGGCUUUCAUAAAGCUUGGUUUAGAACCCUACAAUGCUGUUAGUAUUUUAGGAUUCAAUUCACCGGAGUGGGCCAUAGCAGACUUGGGCGCCAUAUUUGCAGGAGGUCUGGCUACUGGAGUCUACACAACCAACACACCAGAAGCCUGCAAGUUUAUCUUGUCAGAUUCUCGGACCAACGUUGCCGUAGUGGAGAACGAUGUACAGCUACAGAAAAUCAUUAAGAUCUGGGAUGACCUUCCACACCUCAAGGCCAUUGUUCAGUAUACAGGGGAGCUGAAGGAAGCCAAGGAGAAUGUUUACACUUGGAAGGACUUUAUGGCCAAGGGGGAGGAUGUGCCCGAUUCUACCCUCCAGGAACGUCUCAACAUACAGGCUCCAAACAAGGCUUGUACUUUGGUGUAUACGUCGGGAACAACAGGAAACCCUAAAGGGGUGAUGUUGAGUCAUGACAAUAUCACCUGGAUUUGCAGACAGCAUGGACGAAAUGUAAAUUACAAAUUUGGUGUUGAGGUAGCUGUGAGUUAUCUGCCCUUGAGUCAUAUUGCCGGUCAGCUAAUGGACAUUCACAUCCCGAUAGCAUUUGGUGGCUCAAUUUAUUUUGCACAACCCGAUGCACUAAAGGGAACACUGAAGAAUACUCUACAGGAGGCUCGACCAACUGCAUUUUUUGGUGUCCCUCGUGUCUGGGAAAAGUUUAUGGAAAAAAUGGUAGAAAAAGGAAAAGCUGUGACUGGCGUGAAGAAGAUGAUUGGUACCAAGGCCAAAGAAAUCGGCCUUCGAGGUGUCUAUGCCAAAAUGAACAAACAAUGGAUGCCAUUUGGAUGGACAUUGGCUAAUGUGCUAGUUUUUAACAAAGUAAAGGCUGAGCUUGGGCUGGACAGGUGUGCCAUGACUUAUACUGGUGCUGCUCCAAUAUCCAAGGAAACCAUCGAGUACUUCUACAGUCUAAACAUUCCUCUGCUGUCUGUGUUCGGACUUAGCGAGUCGACAGGUCCCCAUACAGUAGAUACAGUGACUGAGUUCAGAAUUGGCAGUGUCGGCAAAGAAACACCUGGAUGUGAGACGAAAAUAGAAAAUCCAGAGGAGGACGGAAAUGGAGAGAUAUGUAUGUGGGGUCGACACAUCUUCAUGGGCUACCUACGAAAUGAAGCAAAGACAGUCGAAACAUUUGAUGAAGCAGGUUGGCUAAAAUCUGGCGACAUUGGCAGGAAAGACAAGGAUGGAUUCCUCUUUGUGACAGGCAGAAUUAAAGAGUUGAUCAUCACGGCUGGAGGAGAGAACGUGGCACCAAUACCUAUAGAGGGAAAUGUUAAGGAAGCCCUCCCUUGUGUGUCAAACUGUAUGCUGAUCGGCGACCAGAGAAAAUUUCUCACCAUGCUUAUCUCUCUCAAGGUUGAAAUGAAUGUAGAAACAGGAGCUCCAACAGAUAACCUGACACAGGACGCGGUAGAAUGGUGUAAAUCCAUCGGUAGCGAAGCAACAACAAUGGCUGAUGUCUUGGACAACAAAGAUAAAAACGUACUGAAGGCUAUUCAGGCUGGUAUUGACCAGGCUAACACUAAAACAACGUCCAGGGCCACGAAGAUACAGAAGUGGACGAUUCUUCCCACCGACUUCUCCAUUCCUGGCGGAGAACUGGGACCAACCCUGAAGACAAGGAGACCAAAGAUCGUUCAGAAGUAUGAGCAAACGAUAGAGGCAUUUUACACCGAAUCCUAGCUGUAGAGGACGAUGUUGAUUCUCACAACGGUUUACUGGGAGGAAAUAUCAUAACUGUCAUAAACCUGGGAUCAAGUCUGGAGAGGGAAGAUACGUGUUGAUCGCUUCCUUUAUAAUGUAUACAACAGGGACCUAUAAAUCACGUCCAUGAAAUCUCCCAACAUGGUGGGAAAUGAAGCCUUUUUAUUGGCCUAUUGGGGACGAACAAACUUCAUCUACAAUAUCUCCAAAAUGGAGGGGAGUUUGGCCUUUUCAUCGGAUUAUUGGGGACCUACCAACCUCAUCUCCAAUAUCUCUUAAAUGGAGGGAAUCCCUUAUCUUUAUCAUUAGCUUAUCGAGCGGAUCUAUGAAUUUUGUUGACACUGUUUCUAAAAUGAAGGAUGGUCUUGUGAUUGGUUAACAAGAAUGGUAGUCAUGGAUACCAUAUAAUUUAAAGUCUAUUAGCAUAUUAUGUUGGAAAUCAUAUCAUACAUAUGUUUAUUUACCAGGAUUUUCUGGAGGAUUAAAAGAGGAUACAGAUCUUGUUAUAAAUAUUCAUAAACUUUUUUUAACCGUAUUGAUAUUCUCAAUGUGUUUACAAUACAUAAUGAUUCUAUCUAUUGAUAGGAAAACUCUAUGCAAGAUUUUUUUUUUAAAUUCAAAAAAUAUUCUAUCCAGAAUGAGAUUUUCAUAUUUGUAUUGUUGCUUAUUAGUUUUUUUCUAUGUGUAAGAUUUAUAUUUCCUUUCAGUUUCCAUUUUCAUGAUUCUUAUUUUAAAGACACAUUUAUUAGAUAAAUUUUGAUAUAUUGUGGAAAAUGUAUCUUACCUAAAUUACAUAAUACUCAACUCAGUGAAGAGCCUUGUUUAGCUGCAAUAUUUGCUUUCCUAAUAGGAAAAUAGAACAAUCUAAGGAAUUUCUUUUAAGAUAAAUCACAGCACCAGUCAUGAAACAGGGGCAAGACCAAAUUAUGAAAUGCUUAAUAUAUUUCACAUAUAUACAUCGCCCCCCAACCCCACACUACACCAGUUAAAAUACUUACUUUUCGGGGGAAUUUAUUCAAUUGGAACUUCAUUAUACAUAUAUAUGUGCAGUAUAUAAAAGUUUGGGGAUGGUAAACUUUAAGGAGCGUGCUGAUUAUUGAUUGGUAAAAAUAAUGGUAAACUUUAAGGAGCGUGCUGAUUAUUGAUUGGUUAAAAAUAAUGGUAAACUUUAAGGAGCGUGCUGAUUAUUGAUUGGUUAAAAAUAAUGGUUAACUUUAAGGAGCGUGCUGAUUAUUGAUUGGUUAAAAAUAAUGGUAAACUUUAAGGAGCAUGCUGAUUUUUCAUUGGUUAAAAAUUAUGGUAAAUUUUAAGGAGAGUGCUGAAUAUUCAUUGGUUAAAAAUGUUGGUAAACUUUAAGGACAGUGCUGAUUAUUGAUUGGUUAAAAAUGAUAAUUUUUUUACUUGUUUAUUGCCAUAUUUGAAAUUAUCAGCAAAAUCGCUGGCUGGUUUAAUAAACCAGUUCUGAAUUGUGCUUGAGUGAGAUAAAUAUAUAGUGAAAAGUUUUACAGAAUGGCAACAACUACCUAACAUCCAGUCAUCCACACUACCAUCAUCAUGAUGAAUCUCAGAUAUGUUUACAUGAAUGUUAUAUAUACAAUACUGAAAUUAUCAUUAAUUUGUUUAUUUGUUGGGGAAGUAUAUAAAACAUUUUUAAUUGUC